CCCCGAGAGUCCGCCCGGGCAGCGGCACCGGCGGAGCCGCGGAGCGGGGCAGGCGGCGGAGGAGGGAAGGAGCGCCGGGGCUCGGGGCGCGGAGCGAAGUGAGCAGCCCCGCCGCUGAAUGUUCCGCGGGGCGACGCAGGGGCCUCCUCCUCCUUCUCCUGCUGCUGCUGCCGCCGCCCGGUGUGCGCGGCGGUGCGGGGCGCGGCUGCCGGGGGUGGCGGCGGCGGGUCACGGCGGGCGCCCAAGAUGGACUAUGAUUUCAAGGUGAAGCUGACCGGGGAGCGCGAGCGGGUGGAGGACCUGUUCGAGUACGAGGGCUGCAAGGUGGGCAGGGGCACCUACGGGCACGUCUACAAAGCCAAGCGCAAGGACGGGAAAGAUGAUAAAGAUUACGCUUUAAAGCAGAUUGAAGGUACUGGAAUUUCUAUGUCUGCAUGCAGAGAAAUAGCACAUAUAAUCAAGUUUCACAGGGCUUCUAAAGCAAACAAGAAACCAGUUCAGUUACCUCGAGGAAUGGUGAAGUCGCUGUUAUAUCAGAUCCUAGAUGGUAUUCACUACCUGCAUGCUAACUGGGUGUUACACAGGGAUUUGAAACCUGCUAAUAUUUUAGUUAUGGGUGAAGGUCCUGAGCGAGGAAGAGUAAAAAUUGCUGACAUGGGCUUUGCCCGAUUAUUUAAUUCACCUCUGAAGCCUUUAGCAGACUUGGAUCCAGUAGUUGUAACCUUCUGGUAUCGAGCUCCAGAGUUGCUUCUUGGAGCAAGGCAUUAUACCAAAGCUAUUGAUAUUUGGGCCAUAGGGUGUAUAUUUGCAGAGCUGCUAACAUCAGAGCCAAUAUUCCAUUGUCGACAAGAAGAUAUCAAAACUAGUAAUCCUUAUCACCAUGACCAGCUGGACAGAAUAUUCAAUGUAAUGGGAUUUCCUGCAGAUAAAGAUUGGGAAGACAUAAAAAAGAUGCCUGAACAUUCAACUUUAAUGAAAGAUUUCCGGAGAAACACGUAUACCAACUGCAGCCUUAUCAAAUAUAUGGAAAAACAUAAAGUUAAACCAGAUAGUAAGGCAUUCCACUUGCUUCAGAAAUUGCUCACUAUGGAUCCAAUAAAGAGAAUUACCUCAGAACAGGCUAUGCAGGAUCCCUAUUUCUUGGAAGAUCCUCUUCCCACGUCCGAUGUUUUUGCAGGUUGUCAAAUCCCUUACCCAAAACGGGAAUUUUUAACAGAAGAAGAACCAGAUGAUAAAGGAGACAAAAAGAACCAGCAGCAGCAGCAGGGCAAUAACCAUACUAAUGGAACUGGUCAUCCAGGGAACCAAGACAACAGUCACGCACAGGGACCCCCACUGAAAAAAGUGAGAGUUGUUCCUCCUACCACUACCUCAGGUGGACUUAUUAUGACCUCAGACUAUCAGGUAUUUGUUUUAUUCACAUAUUGUUUGUUUGUUUGCUUCUUAUGUUUACAGCAGUGUUUCUUCAAGCUCAAAAAGUAAUUUUGUAAGUGUCACUGUAUUGACUGGUAUUUUUUGGCAUCUUGCAAGUUUUUUUUUUCAGAUUCAUUUAGUUGAUGGUUUGUUGAUAUGCUGAUGCUCUUUAGGUUAGCAGUAACAAAAUCAGGAUCAGAUAUUACUACAGUUACUAAUUUAUUACCUUCAUAUUAGGAAAUGCUGGUUGUGGAACAGGAGCCAGUUGUGCUGUGCACUGUAUCACCUAAAAAUGCCAUUUUUUACUUGAACAAGCCCACAGUGGUAGGAGGCAAAGGAUAUUGCAGUAAACAAGCUGUGAAAUAAGAAUCUGAACAAGAGUUUUAGUUGGGCAGAUGGAUGUGAAAACAGUAUUUUGGAUGACAAACAAAGACUUGGCAUGAUGCUGUCAUAAUCUCUAUUUUGAAGAUCAAGGGAGAUUCCAGGUUGAGUAAGCCAAGUAUUACAGAUCUGAAGACGGGUGAGAUGGUGGCAGUCAAAGAGCGAGGAAGAUGAGGAGUGUAGGGGAAAAAAACUUGAGGAAAACAUGAAAAAUGUAGUCUAGCCUUCCUACAUUUGAGCUCAUGGUCAGACAUUAGGAAUCAGAGCCUGGAGCAUAAGAAUAUUUUAGUCAUCCCAGGGAACGAUACCUGAGUUAUUUGGAGACUGGAGACUGGGGAGAAGAGAGUUGAGGACAGAACCUUUAGUUUAAUUGAAGCUAAGAAAUUAUGAAAGAGGAGCAGGGAAGACUUCAAAUGAUACAUGUAGGAGCAGUUAGAGAAUGGCAGAUUUUUGGAAACCUAGGGAAUAGAAGAUUUCAAGAGGAGGCAUGCUGCUGGAAAUGUUAGUCUGCAGGAACUAUUAUUGUACAUGAAAUGCAUAGUACAGAAGGCCAGUUGGGAGAGAGUCUUGGAUGAAAACAAAAGAAAAGGAAGUCAGAAAUUUUUUUGGUAAUGUUUUCAGAUAAUUUAAAGAUUAAUAUCUGAAUCUGAGACCCUGAUAUUGGAAACCCACUUAGCUGUGCUUAUAUUCUGUAGCAAAACAUAGAGAGAGUUAAAGAACUGUGGCAGUAAAACUACGGUCGACUUGCAUUUUCAGUUUGAUGCUGCUUCUCCAUGAACACCAGUGGGCUUUGAAAUCUUGCAUUUCAGAGUUUGUUCUUGAGAGCACCAAAUAUCCUUAAAGGCUGCCUGGAGGCAUUACCUUCAUCCUUAUCUGAAUCUGUAUACUUCCCAGCAUUGGCCAAAACUUGAAAGUACUAAAACACGUAAAAUAAGGUAACUUUCAGGAGCUUUAUUGUGAGACUCUUCAUAUAGUCCCCAAGUGCCUUUGUUCAGUUUAUCCCAGAACAUUAAUAACACAGUUUUCAAGUUUUCAAGUCGUUCUCCUUGAACAAUGUACAUUUUCAGAGCUGUUUGAGACAGUGGUGAGCUUUAACUACAGUGCUGCAGGGUGAGGUGCCUCUAAGUAUAAAUGGCAUCUUUCUUUUAGUUAGAUUAUCCGUCUCAGGCUAUUUUACAGGAGUUUCAUCCCUUUCAAUUUGGCAGGCUGCAGUUGAUUGCUGGUUUGGCCUUUUAAGUUGGCUCUUUCUACUACUUCUUGAAAACACACACACAACAGAAGGCAAAUGCAGCUGUAACUUUCUUAAUCUUGCCCUCAGGUGGAGUCACAUAUCUAAGGAGGUUGAUGAAGUGAUUGCAUGUACUGUGUCAGGGAGCCCCAUUUAUGUGCCCUAUUUACACGCCCUUCACUCAUUUUGCUGCUGCAUUGUAGCAUUUUUAACAAACCUCAGCUUUGACUUCUAGGAGCCAGAGAUGAGGUUUGCUAGUUGACAAGUCAGAGGGCUCAAAUUGCCUCAGCAGGAGUUGACAUUAGUUUGUUUUUAGCUCAUGCUCAGCAGAACUUUUGUCAUCUCAGAGAUCCAUCCCAGGAUUACAGCUGGGGGCAGCCCUUGUUGAUAAACGUAAUUUCAGAAUACUGUUCUUUUGAGAUAGUGAUAAUUGCUGCUUUGCUAUCUCAGUAGCUCAUAUGGAUAACUUGACUGCUCCUGACCAAUCUCUUUGCUGUCUCUCUAGGAGUCAAAAUACCAGGUUUUCAAAAGAAAACCCCAUCAUCUUCCCCCUAGGCUUUGCAAGAAGGCAAAGUUAUUUGGAUUCUGAUUAAGUUAUUUGGAAAACAUGGUAAUCAAAGGGAGGAGACCCAAAGGUGCUAGCACUAGAACAGAAGCAGUUAAGAGUCACCUCUUGAUGGUUUCAGGUCUCCCUGAAAAAAGUUCCUCACAUUUUUUGCUUCUGAUCCUGCAACUUGAGGAGACUACAAACAAACAUUACUGUACAGCCCUCUGUUUUAAUCAAACACCUGUUCCUUUGUUCUUCAUUUAAUUUGCUCAAAUUCCCCCUAUAAAGCUUGUGAAGAAGGAUUGCCCUCUCCUGGGCAAGGCACACUAAGACAGUUUUUCCAUUCACUGAGAAGUUGAAUUAUUCUCUGCAGGGCGUGUUGACCUUGUAUCCUUUUCUGCCAUGCAUAAAAAUAGUAGACACAUGGCACACAGACUUCCUUGACUUAUUGUUCAAAUCUGCAGUGUGACACUCCCAAAGGCAAUGUGAUUAAACAGGCUGUAGCAACUCCACUACUCUGAGCUUUUGCUUGUAAUAACCCCUCUGGGUGCUUAAUGGUAUUUAGAAAGGAUUGGAUAUUUACUUUUGUUCUUAAACAAAAGCCAUUUGUUGCGCUGGGUGUCAUGAAAGAAUCUGAUUUUUCAUUGCCUCUGCCUUAAAAUAAGAUCUCUUUUAGAAGUCAGGAUGCAGAGAGUGUUUAUGAUCAGUUUUUAAGUGGUUAAACUUGUGAUAGUUUCCUCCAUACAGGAGCCACACUUGGGCAAAAUGAAUAUUCAAAACUUUUGCUCUCUGAAGUACAUCCUUUAUUUGUAAGAUGGGGAAGAGUGACCCAGAGCUGUGACUCUUCUGUUGAUGAGUGACUUAGUCCUUCUCUCAAGGCUGAAGGCAAAUGCCACAAAAGUUCAGUCACUGUGCUAACAGCGAAAUUCAGCAGUGCUGGUUUGUUCCCACUGGCAUUAACUGCUGGUCCAGCCAUUUCUUCCCCUUUUCCCUAGAGGUUUAUAGUGUUAGCUCAGUCCUAUGAUCAUGUGCUAGCAAGUAGAGUUUGCCUUUUUUUUUCUGCCAUCAUCUCAGCAUCCUGGGCAUAGUUUCCUUUCUAAAUGUGGAAAGGCAGGAAAAAAUGGGGUUGUUUAUUUUAUGUUGUGACUUAUCUGUAAAGCUGUUUUAAUAUUUUACUUUCUUGGGAUGUUGGUUCACCACAAUUUUGCUUAUCAGGUCUCAGUAACAAUAUCCUAGUCCUGGAAUUGCCACUUCAGAUAAGUUUCCAGACCUUUACCAGAAGCAGCUUUUUCUAAAAAACCUAAUAUGUUGUGUGAUAUCAAGAGUUCAGAAGCUGCACAGCAGUUUCUGUAAUGCUGCAAAGUUUCUAUGUGCGUAAACGUUAACAUGAAUGUAAAACAGCACAGUAAUGUACUGAAAUUGUGUUAAUUUAAUUAAAUAUUAAAUGCUCCAAAGUGGUCAGAUGCUUAGAUUGCAAAUCUCAUAUGCAGUCCUUCUUUCCUUUAUAACACGUGAUCAGUAAGUAAUAACUAUUAGGUUAAAAUUGAAGUAGGCAAUUUCUGGUUUGCUCAGAGCUUCUUGCAAUGAUGAAUGUUCCACUCAGUAAAUAAUUGUAGAAAUGCUGGUUGAAGGGGGCCUCCGGAUACCAUCUUGCCCCGUCUCUUGCAUGGAGCAGGACUGUUGCUAAUGCUAACUAACUCAGGUCAGCUGUGGCUUUACUUAAGUGAGUCUUAGAAACCUUCAUAUAUAGAGACCUCACAGACUCUCUGGACAAGUUCUUGCAGUGUCCCUUAGUGGUCCCUCCUCCAAUGUCCUACCUGAACCUCCUAAGCCACAGUCCAAUGCUGUUUUCCCCUGAAAUAUCUAUUUCCAUAGAGGAACACACUGUUAUUGUCUUUAAACUCUCCUUCAAGUAUUUUAAGGCUGCUACUAGAUGACACCUUAGCCCAGUCACAGCGCUCUCAGCCUUUACUCCUAGGUCACACAAAAGGUGGCAAAUAUAUUCUUUAUAUGUGAAAAUCUCCAGAAUAAGGCAGAGUGGCUCAUCAGCAGUAAGAUGCCUCAUCUGGAUCUCCACUCCAACCUACCUUCUAGUUAAUGAAAGGAAGCAAGUGGAGAAGGGUAUUGCUGUGAGUGGUGGUAGCCUUGUGUAAUGUGCAGGUGCAGUGUAGCCAUCCAGAAGGUUGGGUGGAGGUUUGACUAUGAUGGGUGAAGAUUCACAGGAGGUAAUUAGGAUGGAUAACUGAAGGGUAGCAACUGUCACUUUCUAAUAUCACGUAUUCCUGGUGUUCAUUACCUGCUGUAAUCAGAGUAAGUGAAAAGAAGCCUGGAAGUGCAUCUGC